AUGUCUGCGGAUCCGCAUUUUCUCGACUCUGCGAGGCGCGUAAAGGCUCAACCACAUGAACACAAUCGCUUGCAAGUGCGAUUGGAUGUGCCUGGUGGCGUGACGUUUGCACCUGAUCAACUGUUCCCACACAACGCGACAAAACGUGUUUUUCAAGUGCCGCGUCUUCCGGAACCAUCAUAUUCAUACUACAACUUCGAACGUGAAAUUUGCCAACAUAAUGGCGUGCCAUAUGUUCCAUCGUCAGCGUUUGUCCUGGGCGAUGAGGAUGAGUUGACGCCGUCUCAGAAGCUUGCACAAGAAGUGCGUGAGAAAGAAGCAAUAAAAACGACCCCUUCAGCUAGCACUGAUACUGCCGCUUUGAUUCCAAAAAAUGAAGAAAAACUAGACUCACUGAUACAAGCGAUGGGUCUCAACGAACCGCACGACCACGCUCAGCAAGCCAAGUCACAAGACAUGUCCUCUGCACCUGCAGGAUCGCCAGCGUCUGAAGACAAGCGUGAUGCACUGUCUAAGGCAUCGGAAUCACCCUCUCAUGAGGUAAAGAGGAUUGCUUCAAAACCCAAGAAUGGCCCAGUCACGAACGCGACUUUGGAUCAAGGCGCCAGCGAAACACCAGCCCAUACCGGGGGUGAGCAAAUGAAGCCUAUCGACUCGGCAAAGAAGAAUUUCGAGAAAAAUAUGACAAAAUCACAAGCAAAACGAGCAAAGGCCAGGGCCAAAUCACGGGCUAAAAAAAUGGCAGAACAAGCUCAUGAGCAGGAUGAGUCGCGUCUUAGCACCGAACAGGCCGAGCAACACCAAGACAGAUACGAGCUUGGCGACCCCACAGCCUCUCAGCCAGAUCAGGCUAGCGCAAAGAUCCAAAAUGAAAACGCGGGCAGCACGGACCGCGCUCACAAACAGCGCGUAAGUCAAAAUGAGGACGUAUAUGCAGACGAGGGCUUCAAGUCCUCCGAAACAUCCACAUCUACAGAACAAACUCCUUUUUCGAAAAACAAAAUCAGUGAUACGACUACAAGUGCUAAGGCCGAACAGGAUACAUCAGCUCGUCAGUCAGAUCCAACUAGUGUGUCACAACCAGCCGAUGAUCCAUCUGAGCCGUCAAGUGAUCACUUGACAUCCAGUACUUUGCAUGAUGCGCAUGCGUCACUCGACAAAGGAGUCAAAGAAAACACGAGAGUGGUCUCGAGUAGACCGACAGCCGACACUGCCUCCCUGCGUACAUCAGCCACGAAUUUGUCGACGUGUGCGCCGACACUGAGUGGAUUUUCAGUGAUGGCUGAGGAAGCACGGCAUGGGAAGUCUGAUGGACUACCAUCCGUGGUACGGCAACAUCUCUUCACGACUGACUACAAGCCACCACCAAGUAUUUCGGACUCAAGUUAUUCUAAAAAACCAUGGAACAAUAAGUCAUACUCGACCAACCGUACAUUCGAAAUGUUGUCAAACCAGCCAGCAGGACGCGAUGCUGGCUCGCAAUGGGAUGCGAUUAGCGGUAGUGACAGCAUCGGCGCACGAGACUCUCAUGCAUCUAGCACGUCACUUGACACGAUUGCCACGCUUUUUACACCGGAUCCUCGACCAUGGCAUCCAUACCGCUUCGUGCGCCGCACGAAUCCUCGUCAGGUGCUACUAUUUUGUGCUGGAACAGCCUUGACAAGGCAGCAGAUUGAGGCAUCAGAGCAGACGCGAAAGACUGCUGCAGUGAACGGCACUGCAUCUAUAUCGUUGCCAGAAAGCGCGGAUCGUGCAGCCGAUUCCAAGUCGCUUGCUUCGUACUUUGCAACGACCGAAAAUACGAACUUGCAGGGCGGCCUUGGAUUUAUUUACAGUCCCUGUGAGUCCCUGUGUCGAGCGAUGAAUCAACCGAUAGAUCUAGCGCGUGUUGAACCAAACUUUUCAAGACGUUUGGAACGACCAGAAUUUCCGCAUGAAACAACGAAGCGUCGCGCGGCUCUGCGUAGCGUGAUUGCUGCACUGGAGUACAUUCCAUGGGAGGAAGAGGGAUUCGACAAAAUUGUCAUAGCGACGCACCACGGAUGGAUCGUGCGUGGUAUUGCCUAUGAGUACGUGGAUAUUGGGUGA